AUGUUUUCAAAUAAUGUCAUACCACAGCAAUUUUUAACCAUUCAGCAUCCUUUCCCCCCACAAUUUAUUGUCAAUGGUAGUAAUCCUGAUGAUCAACAGACCGUACCUACCAACUCAUGGAUGUCCAAUCUCUUUUAUCCAAGUGCAAACAAUCUGGCGUCUACAAAUACUGAUCCAUAUACCAUUCGCAUUCUAGACAAACUUGUUGAUGGACAUCCUGGUCUUUCUGUGACACAAAAGCAAGAGAAAACAAUAGGAGGAUAUCCAUCUAUGAACAAUGUACCAGGAUCAUCGGCUGCAUAUAUGUUAAAUCAGGUAGUAGUGGAUAUGCGAUUUAGCUGUCAAGAAUGGGCAACGAACCGAUCAUCACCCACUGUACAGGUCACAUCAUGGGAUCACUUUGGAGCCACUGUUCAACUCAUCAGUGGUAAUAAUAAGGCACAAUCUAUUGAAUUUCCAUUAGCUCGCGGUAUGGCUUAUGUCACUGCUCAUUACCAUGCAUUGACACCACAUUUCAUCACUCAAUACAAUAUCUUACAUGUUGAUUGUGAUGAGCAGCAUGAGCAGCAAAUCAAUGGAACAUCAACUAUUAUUUAUACUGGAACAAAAUUCAAAUUAACUUUGGAAGAUCCUAAUUCAUCCAUUUUUAUCAUUUAUGCUCUUGAUGAUCCUUUACAUCUGGUGUUUUCUGGUACUUCUGGCUUAACAACUUCCGGUCCUUACAACGGUACUAUUCGUUUAGCUAAAUUGUCAAAUACUUCGGAUGAAUCUAUUUUAGAUCAAUAUUAUACAACUUGGACUACAGGUGGUACAGUGGUGCCUAAUGAAGGCUCGUAUACAAUUCAAUGGAAAACACAAGGUCAAGGUGAACCACUGAUAUUUGCGUAUCCUCACCAUAUACAAACUUUGACCAAUGUUGAACAAACAUCUCUUCGGUUGGAAUCAGCAACCAAAGGUACCAUGCACGCGGUGAUAGGAAAUACUUGGACAUUACAAGAACAGCAAUCUUCAAACAAUGAUAUGCCAUCCUUUAAUCAAAGCGCAUCCAUAGAUUGGUUUCCAAAACAACCUAAACCUGAACCAUCCACAAUAAAUGAUAUUCUAUCCUACUUGGCUCAAGAACUUGGCAACGCUGAUUAUGACAAGGAAACCAACAAAAAUGAUAACUAUUUUUCUGGAAAAGCACUUCAAAAAUAUGCACUGUUGGCUCUAUUACUCAAUCAACCUGAAGUCACUGGACUAAGAAACCCUGAAUUGGCACGUAUAUCGUUGGAUAAACUCAAGUUUGCAUUUGCUGUAUUUUUAGAAAAUCGACAAAACGAUCCUUUCUAUUAUGAUCAAGUUUACAAAGGCAUUGUGUCUAGAAAUGGUCUUCCUACUUCCAUGGGUGGUACUGGCAAUAUUGAUGCUGGAUUUGGACAUUCUUAUUAUAGCGAUCAUCAUUAUCAUCAAGGAUACUUUGUAGUGACAGCUGCUAUCAUUCAUUAUUUGGAUCCAACCUGGCGUAGUGAUGAAAUCAAGACAUGGACUGAAGUUCUCAUACGUGAUGUGAACUCACCUGGAGAAGAUACCCAUUUUGCUCCAUAUAGAAAUUGGGAUUGGUUUGCUGGACAUACUUGGGCAGGUGGAAUCAAAAUCAAUGGCGCCAUGGAUGGUCGAGAUCAAGAAUCUGUUCCAGAAGCUGUCAACUUUUACUGGGGAAUGAAACUAUGGGGACUAGCAUCAAAGAAUACACCCUUGGUUCAACUGGCAAAUUUACAACUUGAUAUCAUGAAACGAACGACAUAUGAAUAUUUCUGGAUGCUAGACUCCAAUACAAAUAGGCAUAUUGGCUUGGUCAGUAACAAGGUCACUGGUAUUCUUUUUGAACAAAAAUUGGAUUAUGUACGUGAAAUUGUUCUUUUUAAAAAAAAAGUCAAUGCGAUUAACUAA